GGCUGCGGUUACUGGUGGUGGUGGUGGGUGUAGGAAACAUUAGAGAGGGGGAGAUAAAAGGAGGCCCGGGUGUGUUGAAUUGAAGCCUUGGGAUCGGUUUGUCUCCGCAUUGGAGGGCUCUGUGGCGCAGUGGAUCACCUGUGAGAUCUUGGUUUCUUGCUCCCCACAAGCUUGUUGGAGCUUAUGUACUUCUUAUAAGGACGCACUAUCCUUUGUUGGUCUGCCUACGGCUAACGAAGCUACCACUGUGCCUAGGCAAUGUGAUGAUCCAACAUCCUCCUGUUUCAAAAGAUUUUGACCUGGCUAGUGUUUAGAAGAGAGUAAGGUCCACUUUUUGCUCCAGCACUGCCAACCAAAUGGAUAACGCACCGAAUCUAUGUUCAAGGGAUCCUGGACAUUCUCAGUACAGUGAGGCAUCAGUUUUUGACAAUCUUCUAUGUCAUAAGUAUUCGCCUUCGGUAGCAUAUACUGAUGCAUUAGCAAACACCCAGCCUCAUCAGAACUCUGUUGAGGUUCCGAUAGUGACCACUGUGAUCUCACAGGGCUCAAUUCUGGAGACCCCUAAUAUGGUCACUUCCUGUAUAGGCGAGCAUGCUUAUGACUCAUGGAAGGAUGGAAAAAAUGACAUUCUAUUCAUGCAGACAGUUGGAGUAGAUGGUUCAGAAAAUCUUCUUCAUGACGGCAAUUCCCAAAUGAAUCUGCGGAGACAGCUGGGUGCGUUAAAUAGGCAGUGCUUAUCUUUGCAGCAAUCAGAUGUUUCAACAGUACCUAGUCAAGGAUUAUCACUGAGCCUUGGAACACAGAUUAUAGUCCCUUCAAUCCAAUGUCAGCAUACUAGCUCAGACAUCUCUCUUUUUCGACCUCAUCAAACAACUUCCAGAAAUGGUGGAUCUGGCAGAGAUGAAAAUUGUGAAAACAAAAGUACGAAUGCCAACAAUUUCCCAUAUGAAUCAGCGAGUCUUGCUAGUUCAAUUCUAAAUUCGAAGUAUCUAAAGGCAGCACAAGAAUUACUUGAUGAAGUUGUUAAUGUUCAAAAGGCUCUGAAGCGAAAAUCAAUCAAAAGUCAAAGUCUUCAUAUUUCUGCUGGUACCACCACAGGAAAGAAUUGCAGUGCAGGUGAAGGAAUGUCAUCGAACCCUCAAGACUCUACCAUCAACUCAUCCAGUGAGCUCUCACCCUCUGAAAGGCAGGAUCUUCAGAACAAGGUUACCAAAUUAUUGACUAUGUUGGAUGAGAUUGAUAGAAGAUAUAAACAGUAUUACCACCAGAUGCAGAUAGUAGUGUCAUCUUUUGAUGUAGUAGCCGGUUUCGGGGCUGCUAAACCUUACACGGCACUCUCCCUCCAAACAAUUUCUGGGCAUUUCCGCUGCUUGAGAGAUGCCAUCAGUAGAGAAAUUUUAGUUACCAGGAAAAGUCUUGGAGAGGAAGGUAACUCAGGUAGCAAGGGUGUUGGAAUGUCUCGCCUUCGCUAUAUAGAUCAGCAGCUGAGGCAACAGAGAGCGUUGCAGCAGUUUGGUAUGAUGCAGCAACACGCUUGGAGGCCACAGAGGGGGUUGCCCGAGUCAUCUGUCUCAAUCCUUCGUGCUUGGUUGUUUGAGCACUUCCUUCACCCUUACCCGAAUGAUUCUGAAAAGCUAAUGCUUGCGAGACAGACAGGCUUGACAAGGAGUCAGGUUUCCAACUGGUUCAUAAAUGCACGAGUUCGUCUUUGGAAGCCCAUGAUUGAGGACAUGUACAAAGAGGAGACUGGUGACCUCGAGAUUGACUCUUCUUUGGAGAACCCACCUAAAGAUCAGGAUGGUGUUCAUUCCACUGGGAAUGGAGAAAACUCACAAAACACUGCCACUGAAAGAUGCCAAGUAAACCAACUUAGUGACUUAUCAAGAUCCAACAUCAUGCCAGGAAUGGAUAUGGCAGGGGCUGGUGCAAAAGACUACCAUAUGAACCUUAAGAUGCGAUCAACCACAGAAGAGUGUAGCUAUGUGCAAGAUGCUCUUGCGCAUAUAGAUGGAACUGGGAGGUUCAUGGCUUAUGCUGAUUUGGGCUGUGGCGGUGGUGGUGGGGUGUCACUGACACUGGGACUACAGCACUGUGACGGUGGUCUUCCUGGAUCUGGCAGUCAGCAGAGCUUCGUUGGGAUGCAAGGGGGAGACAUCUACAGUGCAGCUGCUGCCAUUGGAGCUGAUACAGCUGAGUAUGAUUGUGUUAAUUUGGGAGACCGACCGCACCGAUUUGCUUCAUCACAACUGUUGCAUGACUUUGUGGCCUGACAAUGUUGAUCGUCACGAUAUCAGCUGUCAAAUUAUCAGGUGCCAGCAAUUUGCUUGGAGCUGCUCUUAGGCAUUGCUUGUAACUCCACAGGAAAUAGAGGAUGAGCAUGAUAUGCAAUGUAAACCAAGAGAUGAGGCAGGUUGGUGAUAACAUAAGAGGUAGCAUAUUGUAAAGAUAAGAAGUGUAGCUGUGGUAAUCAUCUGAAGAAUGGAACAUGAGAUGAGUACCAAUCAAUGGUUAUUCUGAUGUAUACUUCUACAAAUUGAGUACCAUUUUACAUUAAUAUCCUUUAGAAGCUCAUUA